AUGGUCUUGUCCGAUUCAUAUAUUCCAUCUGAUAUCAAUCCACUGAAACCCAUUUCAUCACAUCCUAAUACAUCAAGUACAACUCGCUCCUUGAACGAAUAUAAUGUACCCUCAGCUAGUGUAGAGAAAAAGGAUUCUUUAUUGAAUACUCGUAUCCAUAAGACAAGGAGUCAUGAUGUUGCUUCACAAAAUAAUCCAAGUAGUCAUAACAAUAAUAAUAAUAUAGUAGGAUCUAUUACACCACCGCUAGGUAACAUAUUCAAUAUUGACAUUGUAAUUGCUAUUCACGAUUAUAAUUUAUUCCCACAAAGGCAUUCCUUGUCUCCUAGUCCCACAAAGGCGUCUUCACCUGGAUUCUUCAGAUCUUCUUCUAUAUCAGCGGAGUCUAUAUCUUCCGCAUCUCGCACCUCACACUAUACCGAUAACGAUAGUUCCGGACAAAAUAAUAAUAAGCUGUCGUUCCAGAAAGGUGAUACAAUCUAUGUUUUAAAAAAGUUGCCUACUGGUUGGUGGGAUGGUAUAGUUAUUCAAUAUCCAAGUUACUCUUCUCAUUAUAACUACAACAUUAAUUUGGAUUCCAAUUUUAAAGUAAUUAGGGGCUGGUUCCCUAAUACGUUUAUAAAACUAGUCAGAGAAAAUGUUAGUUGUAUCUUUAGAGUUAAUAAGAGUAAAAACGACAAUUUAGAUAAUAACAUUAAUAAAGAAGAAGAAGCAAAAGAAACUAUAAUAAUAAAUUUACCUAUUCCAGCGAAGCAUAGAAAUAACUCUAUUACUUCUACGAAUAAUACCAUUAAUAAUUUUAUUAGUUCAGGUAAUGGUGGCAUUACUAGUAGGAAAAAUAGUAGUAAUAUUUUAUUGACUAAUUAUUCAAGACAUAACAGCACUCAAUCAUCGGAAGAGCAUUCACUACCAAAUAAUGAACCAUCCACCACAACUACUAAAAGAGGCUCAAUCCUUUCAACCAAUCAUACUAAAGCUCUUGACGAGAUGAUACGUAAUGACAAUAUGUACUCCGCUUUAAAUAAUGGGAGAAAACCCUCGAUCAAAUCGAGUACAAGAUCGGAUUCCAAAUCUGAUACCAAAUCCAUAAAAAAUAAGAAUGAGAAAAUAAAAAUCCUGUCUUUAGAAGAGGUUGAAAUGAUAAUUAGUAGCUUACAUAGUCCAAUUUCAUCUACUUGGAAUCCGGUUCCUUUAAUUGCAAAUAAUACAGAUAAAAAUAUCCCUCAGACUGUCUCACUUACUACUAAUCUCUCUAAUAAAAUCAUUUAUUAUAAUAAAGAGUUAGAUAUUUAUUGUUCUGAGUUUCCAUUAGUUUCUGUCAGUGACAAUAAAUCAAAUGCCUGUAACUCAUCGGUAUCAUCAUUGUCUGAAUCCUCAAAUGCAUUCCAUCUAACAAAGUCCGCACAGACAAAAAAUCCUCCACCAAUAUACUUCCCAUCAAAUGACCACCUCAUAGACCUAAGACCAAGAAAUUUGAGUGACACUGUCAUCGUUGAGAAUGCAAAUGAUAGUGUAGAAAAGAUUACCACAUUACAACCACCAAUUAAUACCAAAAAUCCUACUGAAAUAGAUAAAAAUUUAAAAGAAGACAAUAUAUCUUCAAUUGAGGGACCCAAAAAUAUAAAGGAAGGGGAUAACGUAUCCCCACAAAAUACCUCGUUUUAUAGACGUGCAAUCAUGGCUAAACCUGGCCUAUUCUAUUAUCAUCAAAAGGAUAUAAAGACAUGGAUCGAGUUAGAAGAUUUAACCUUAUAUUACAUUAAAUUGACACACAAUAUGAUUUUAAAGAAUGAUUAUUUCAAUUUCAAAAAAUUCAUGGCAAUAUUAUCUAAUAUGUUCAUCUUUACACAAUUAGUUUGCAGACUAGUUUCCAAUGAAAUACAGGCAGCUAAAUGUGAUAAAAAGAUAAAAUCUCUACUUAAGAAACUAAUAAACUCUUUGUCCAGAAUUAAUUUAAAUGCAUUAGUUUAUUUUGAUAAUUCUGAAAUGAAUUUUAACCAAGUUUCCAAACAUCAUGAAAAUUUAAGAACUUCUGUGGGAAAUACAACUGUAGAUUCAUUAAAGGACAGAAAUCUAAGCACCAGUACUGCUGAAACAUUAAUUGCUAGGACCCGUGCAUCAAUGGAAUCUAUUUUGUCCCCUAACACAAAGAAAAGAUAUACUUCCAUCACAGGUAUCAAUGAGAACUUUAACGGAAAACACAUUUCCCAUGCAGAUGCCCUAGCUACUAUGAUCCGGAAUCUUUUUGAAAGUAUUGACCAAGAUUUUUUUAAAUUAAUAAAAAAUGUAGAGCUUUUACAUAAAACAUUACAAAGUUCAAUACUAAACAAAAAUGAAUUUCAAAAUAUCCCCCAAAUUUUACCAAGAUUCUUCCAAGUAUCCUUUAGUGGUGGUUCCUGGACAAAUCCAUUUUCUAAAUUUAUGUAUCCCUCAGAGUCUACCGUUUCAAAUGCAACGUCUUUAAAUACUUUCAAUGAAAACAAUAAAUUGUCUACUGAUGAAUCAAAAAGAUCAUCCAACACUGCUUUGCCAUUGAAAAUGGCGAAUGCUAUCGCCUUAGCGGCUGGUGUUAAUAUUCCAAAAAAUAAUAUAAAUUCCAAUGCCAAUAAGAAUCCAAAUUUGUUAACAAGUGACAUGCUUGACUCUUCAGAUAGUGAUAUUUUAAAAAGCGUAUCUCUUGUAUCACUUUCAUCACUCAGCACUCGAUAUUCUCAUUUUAAAACAUUCACACGAUCAAAAAGGUUCAAGAAAAAGACUAAAUAUCCAUUAAAUAGUGAUACAUUGAUAACAAUGAAAAAAAUUGCGAAUGAAAUUCAAAAUACGUUUAAUAUUAAGGAAACUGACGAAUAUUUUAUUUCUGAGGCCAAAAAAGGCACAAGAACAUUACAUUUAAAUUCAAAAACCUACGAACAACUCAAUCAAAAUACAACUUUAAUAGAAAUUAUGGAGAAUUUAGAUUUGACGAUAUUUGUUAAUUUAAAACAGUUAAUCAAACAACCAAAUAUGACAAUCGAUCACGAAAGCAAAGAAUGCUUAAAACAUGCCAUGUUUACAAUUGGUGGUAUAAUUGGUGAAUUCUAUAGCAUCAAACAAACUUUCCACAACAUUUUAAUAAGCUUAAUAAUGUCAGCACAACAAACUACAUUAAAUGAUCCCUAUAUAUUUUCACCUAUGAGACCAAAUCAUCCAAUUGAUUUCAAUGAACCUAUAAUACUGGAGAGAAUCCAGUUGAAUAAACAUGCUGCUAAAUUAGAAAGAAAGUCGAAAAGACUACUGAAUCAAUUGAUUAAAGAGGAUGUUGAAUUUAAUAAUAUAAAUUUCUUAGAUGAUUCUGAAGAUUUUUUGAUAUCAUGUGAGAAGUAUGUUGAAAUAGCUAGUUUAUCUUGCAAGAUUGUAGAACAUUUAAUUGAAGAAAGGGAAAACCUAAUAAAUUAUGCUACUAGAAUGAUGAAAAAUGAUUUAACUGCAGAACUGUUGAAAGGUGAACAAAAUAUAUGGUUUGAUUAUAGUUCAGAUUCAGAUUCGGAUGACUCAUAUAUUGAAAAUCGAGAAGACGAUGAUAACAUAAAAUAUGAAUACAAAAAAGAAGGAACUGAUAGUAACGAGAAGACAAGAAACACUUCUAUUUCCCUUAUAAAAAAAAGUCAAGGAGUCAUUGCAAGUAAUAAGAAAAUUAAACAUAACUAUGACAUUGAAUGGUAUUUACAAAGUGAACACGAUUUUGAUUUAAUUUAUGAUAAUAGGGACCAAGUCAAAGGGGGAACAAAAGAAGCUUUAAUUGAACAUCUGACAAGCCAUGAGGUAAUCGAUCCCUCAUUUAAUGUUACUAUGUUGAUAUCAUUUAGAAGCAUGAUGACAACCAAAGAAUUUCUUUACGAGUUGAUAUAUAGAUAUAAUUUAUACCCACCAGAAGAGUUAAAUUAUGACGAAUAUACAGAAUGGAUUGAAAAUAAACUAAAUCCAAUCAAGUGUAGGGUCAUUAAUAUUAUGAAAACAUUUCUUCAGCAUUAUUGGAAUCCAUGUUAUUUGGAAACUGGUCUAUCCUCAUUAGAAGAAUUUGCUCAAUUAGCUAUACAUGAAGGAAUUCCUGGUGCUGAUGAUCUAUUAGCUAAGAUUAAGGAAAAAUUAUUAACUGACCCUAUGGAUCAUACCACAACUGAUAUAAACAAAGAUGUCAAAAAAAUAUUAAAUAAGGAUAAUCAAACAGAUAUAUCUUUCAAGGACAAUAAUUCUGAUAAUUUAAAAAAGGAUAAUUCAGAAACAAAUUCCAACAUCAACACUAACGUCAACAGUAGCAACAAUAAUAGUAGCUUCUUUUUCAAUACAUCGCUACCCUUAAUUAAAUCUAAAAAGCUAAAACUUUUAAAUAUUGAAUCACAUAUUUUUGCUACCCAAUUAACUAUUAUGGAACAUGAGUUAUAUUUAAGAAUAUCGAUGUUCGAAUGUCUAGAUAGAGCAUGGGGUAACAAAUAUGGUAAUAUGGGUGGUUCAGUCAAUAUCUCUAAAUUUAUCAUGAAUGCAAAUCAUUUAACUAAUUAUAUUUCAUAUUCUAUUGUGAAACAAACGGACAUUAAAAAGCGAUCUAAAUACAUUCAGUAUUUCAUUACUGUAGCACAACAUUGUAAAGAGUUAAAUAAUUAUUCUUCGAUGACGGCUAUUAUAUCAGCGUUAUACUCCUCGCCAGUUUAUAGAUUGAAGAACACAUGGAAGACUGUUCCAAGAAAUUAUACAAAGAUUUUAAGUGCAUUAAAUAAUUUGAUGGAUUCCAAAAAGAACUUUUCAAAUUAUAGAGCCCAAUUGAGAGGAAUGAAAGAUGUUGCAUGUGUGCCAUUUUUUGGUAUAUAUUUAUCUGAUCUAACAUUUAUUGCUGCCGGAAACUCAGAUUACUUGCAUAGAAACAAAGAUAUUAUAAAUUUUAGUAAAAGAAUUAAGAUAGUGGAUAUUAUUGAGGAGAUACUAAGUUUCCAACAUGUUCAUUAUAAAUUAAAAAGAUUUGAUGAUAUUCAAACUUUGAUAGAAACCUCUUUGGGGCAAGUCCCACAUAUUGAGGUUCAAUACCAAUUAUCUUUGAAAAUUGAGCCACGUACCAACAACAGUACCAAUAUGAUCAAUCUUACUGGUGACAAUAAAAAUCUCAUCACAGAAAAAUAA